AUGGUCUCUUCUCCGGAUUGGGUGAAGAAGCUGGUCCCCUCCGGGCCUCAGGGCUCAGAGCUUCUCAAGCAUGAACGGGAUCAGUCCAAUGUCUCGGUUGAUAAGCUGGCGGAGCUACUGCAUACCAAAGAAGUGCUAGAGAGACAGGACCGUAUCCUCUCCCUCAUCCAGCAUGAAGAAGUCUUUGAUAAGUCCCAGAACCACUCGCUCGGCCGCGUUGAACGGGUUCAGAGAUCGCUUGCAAAGGCAAAGCGUCUGGAACAGCUGAAGAAGCAGCAUAACUGGUCCGAGGAUGACUUUCUCAUGGCCAACAACUUGAUCAGCGAACCAACUCCAUACGGCCUCCAUGCCACCAUGUUCUUGGUCACUCUCAGAAAUCAAGGCACUCCAGAGCAGCACAAGCUCUUCCUAGAGCCAGCUGAGAGAUAUGAGAUCAUUGGAUGCUAUGCUCAGACGGAGCUCGGCCAUGGCUCGAAUGUCAGAGGUCUCGAGACCACCGCUACUUGGAAUCCGGAGGACAAGACCUUCACUAUACACUCCCCAUCCCUGACUGCAUCCAAGUGGUGGAUUGGCUCUCUCGGAAGAACCGCUAACCACGCCGUUGUCAUGGCCCAGCUUUAUCUCAACGGGAAGAACUACGGGCCUCACCCAUUCGUGGUCCAAAUCAGGAACCUCAAAACUCACAAGCCUCUUGAGAACGUCCAUGUUGGUGACAUUGGUCCCAAGUUCGGCUAUAACACCAUGGACAAUGGAUUCCUGCUCUUCAACAAGGUCAAGAUUCCUCACGCCAAUAUGUUGGCUCGCUUCUCUGGCGUUGACCCUAACACCAACAAAUACGUCCGACCUGCCUCCCCAUCUCUGAUCUACGGUACCCUCACCUGGGUUCGAUCGACCAUCGUCCUCCAAUCUGGCGGCGUACUUGCCCGCGGCGUCACCAUUGCUACUAGAUACUGUGCUGUCCGAAGACAGUUCCAGGACCGUGAUGCUCCUGCUAACGAACCUGGCGAGAACCAGGUCCUUAACUACAAGAUGGUGCAGAUUCGCCUUCUCCCCUUGCUCGCCGCCACUUUCGCUCUGCACUUCACUGGCCGUGGCAUGAUGGCGCUAUACGACCACAACCAGGCCAUCAUGAAGAAGUCUGCCAGCAAACAGGCAAGUAGCAGGGGUGCUGGUCCCGAGGAGCUAAACCCUGGUGCCGAUCUCUUGGCUGACCUCCAUGCUACUUCAUGCGGUCUUAAGGCUCUGGGAAGCACAAUCGCCGCCGAAGGACUGGAAGUGUGCCGUCGUGCUUGUGGCGGUCAUGGCUACAGCAGCUAUAGUGGAAUUGGUCCCUGGUACUCUGAUUACCUGCCCACCACCACCUGGGAAGGUGACAACUAUAUGUUGACCCAGCAGGUUGCCCGAUAUCUCCUUAAAUCUGCUCGAUCCGUCUUUGUCGGCAAACCAGCCAACAACGAUACCUGCACUAUCCUUCAAUCCUACCUCUCUCGCCGUGAGACUGGUGCUGCCUUCGAUAUCCUUGAAAACGACGCUGACAUCGUUGCCGCGUUUGCCUGGAGAACAGCAUACCUGACUUUCGAGGCUCUCAAGCACCGUGACGUCGAGAAGCGAUCAUGGAACAGCCUCCUCGUCGACUUCUGGAGACUAUCCACCGCUCACUCCCAGUACCUCGUUGUCAAGAACUUUUACGAAGCUGUCUUCCCAUCUGGCUCUUCUGCCGAGGCUGCUGCCUCUCUAGGAAUCGACGAGCCGACCCUCGACGUCCUUCGAAAGCUCUUCCGGCUUCACUCUCUGCACACCCUCGAGCGUGAGUCGGCUGACUUCUUUACCUCUGGAGCCGUUACUACGAGACAGAUCAUCCUUACCCGCACUAAGGCUGUCAUGAGGCUACUCGAUGAGAUCCGCCCUCAUGCCAUCCGUCUUGUUGAUUCAUGGAAGUUCCCUGACUGGCAACUUGACAGCUCUCUCGGCAAAUAUGACGGAAAAGUCUACGAAGACCUGUUCCUCCGUGCAAGUGAGCAAAACCCUCUUAACGAGUUAACCUUUGAUCCUUACCCAUGGAGCAACACCCUUGUGAAGAAUGACAAGAGCAAGCUUUGA